AUGGGAAAACGGAAAACGUUCCAUAAACCGGAAGAGGAAGCAGAACUCAAACGCAUUAGAUUGGAGAAAAAACUUGAAAAUCAACGAAGAAGAAGAAAUAUAAAUUCUAAAAAUGAUCAAUCUGGUCGAACACUAGAGAUACAGCCUGGAGUGGAAUUCAAUCAAGAAGUAGUGAUACCACGUCAACGCGUUUUUGAUGCAUUGAUAGCACCAACUGACCGCAAUAUUGAAUUGCAACAACGAGUAGAACUGCCAACUAAUCUUAACAAUGAUAGGCAUGAUCACAGAUUGGUUGACACACAGCAGCAGCAAUUAUUUCGAGUACAACAAAGCGAAGAAGGAAACCGAUUUUCUACAGAAAUGAUUGAUAAUGUACAAGAACAUUAUGGUGGUGGCAUGACUGAGCUAUUCAUACACUGUACAGCUGCACAUUUCGCAUCAGAAAAAUUAUGCAAUAUGCGAAAUUCAUUUCACGAUUGCUGCAGUCAUGGCAAAGUGUGGCUCGAAAAUCUACCAAAAAUACCAGCGGAAUUACAUUGCUUAUUCGAUGGAACUCACGAAAAAUCAAAUAUAUUUUUCGAGCGUAUUCGAAACUACAAUGCGUCCUUUUCAUUCGCCUCAUUCAAUGCCAAUUUAAUAAACUUUGAAGGACAACGUCCUGGGCCAUACUGCUUCAAGAUACAAGGCGAAAUUUAUUAUCAGAUAAAUACAGCCCUUCAUCCGCCGCCCAAUGAACUGCCAACCUACGGCCAGUUGUUCAUAGUAGAUUCCCAUGAAGCAGUAAGAUCCAUACAAAGACAAAACACUUCCCUUGAUCCAAGUAUAUUGGGACUAUUGGAUCGUAUUAUGCGUGAAAACAAUGUUUUCGCUCAAUCAUAUGAAAUGAUGGGGGAAGUGUUGCGAGCUCAAGAGACCAAUAGAUCUGACAACGCACAACCAACUGACGAGUUACAGCUUCUUUUUACUCUGAAACCAGGAAUGGAUCGACGAAGAUUCAACUUUCAACGAAGUAACGAGGUAGCAGCCGUAUUUUCAACGACUGCCGAUGGAGAGAUUCCGGAAUCGUACGUUACUGUAUGCAAUAAAAAUGAGCGGACACUACAAUCGGUAAGUACGAUGGAUCCUAAUGUUGAACCCUGGGUGUAUCCCCUGUUUUACCCAUUUGGUACUCGAGGCUGGCAUCGAGAUCUGAGACAAAUAGAUAAUCCUCAGAAACGAAUAUCAAGAGAAGCUUACACUAGACACCGGAUGGCUAUCCGCGAAAAUAAUCAGGGAAAUGUCAUUCUUCGGGGAAGGCGUCUUUUUCAACAGUGGGCAUCAGAUAAUUAUGUGAAAGUUGAGAAGGAUCGCAUACAAUUUAUAAAACAAAAUCAAGCAAAAUUACGUGCUGAAACAUACUCGGGAUUAGUAGAUUAUCUAAAUACUACUGCACACGACGCAGAUGCACGGGUCGGAAAAAUAGUCAUCUUACCCUCCACAUUUAGUGGCUCACCGCGAAAUAUGAUGCAACACUACCAGGAUGCCAUGGGAAUCGUACGAAAAUUCGGAAAACCGGAUCUCUUUAUUACAAUGACUUGCAAUCCAAACUGGCGCGAGAUAAAAGAAAACCUUCUUCCUGUCCAGCAACCAUCUGACAGACCAGAUCUCACAGCUCGUGUUUUCGAUAUGAAGAAAAAACAUUUACUCGAUUUAAUUGUUCGAAAACAUUUCUUUGGUGAAUCAAGUGCAUUCGUAUAUACAAUUGAAUCACAGAAGCGUGGUCUGUUGCACAUUCAUCUAUUAGUGACAUUAAAGAACAAAUUAUCAACGCCAGAAAAAGUCAACCGGUGCAUCUCUGCUGAAAUUCCUGAUCCAGAUUUAAAUCCCGAUUUGUAUCGGAUUGUUAUGGGCAAUAUGAUCCAUGGACCUUGUGGCGCAUGGUGUGAAGUGAACGGGAAAUGCUCCAAACGUUUUCCAAAACCAUUUCGAAAUGAAACCACGAUGGAUGCGGACGCUUAUCCACACUAUCGUCGAAGAGAUACUGGAGCUUCAUACGAACGUCGUGCAGGACACGUCGUCGAUAAUCAAUGGGUCGUACCUUAUUGUCCGACGUUGUUACGCAUUUUUAAUUGCCAUAUAAAUGUAGAAAUUGUAACAAGCGUCACGGCUCCAAAGUACUUGUACAAAUACAUUUUCAAAGGACAUGAUGCAGCUGCUUUUCAGAUAACAAACAGAGAAGACGGGGAAAACGAAGAACGUGUUAUUAAUCAUGAUGAAGUUACAGAUCACGUUGAAGCUCGUUACGUAGGACCAAACGAAGCAAUUUGGCAUAUUUGUGAUAAAAAAAUGCAAGAGAAAAGCCAUCCUGUGAUACGUCUUCCGGUACAUUUACCCAACGAGCAUAAUGUGACAGUUCCGGCAGACAUGAACAAUGAAGGAGUAAGGAAUGCUAUGAGUCAGAUAGGUAUGCUGAACGAUUAUUUCGCUUUAAAUUUGCGUGAUGAAUUUGCGAGACAAUUUAUAUAUCCCGACAUUCCAUCACAUUAUGUGUUUAAAAGAUUAAAGGUUGAUGGACAAACAGUUUGUAAGUGGGAAAAACGGCAGCGCAGACAUGAAGCGUUCGGACGUAUGUAUUCAGUGAGCCCUGCACAAACUGAAUUAUUUCAUCUUCGGUUACUUUUGUUAAAGGUUAAAGGAGCCAAAAGUUUCGACGAUUUGAGGACUAUUAAUGGCCAAGUUUGCGAAACUUUCAUUGCGACAUGUUUAGCUCUAGGUUUGAUCGAAGAUGACGACGAGUGGAAGAGAGCCAUGGAAGAAGCUGCUAUCUGGAUGAUGCCCGGAUUGCUCCGAAGAUUAUUCGUAAGAAUACUGGUUCACUGUCAGCCGAUUCAUCCGGAGAAACUUUGGGAAGAAUUCAAAGAAAAAUUAUCAGAGGAUUAUGCAAGACAUAUUGGCAUGCAACGAGCUCAAAGAAAAGCGUAUUCCCAAAUUGCUCGCAUGCUUAUAAAUGAAGAUUCAAAUAUAUCACGAUUCCCAACAAUGGAGCAAAUAGAGAUAUCGGGCGGUGAUGAAAGAGAGACCUCUCCUGCUCAGUUUAUAGAAAUUGGCAUGCAACAAUAUGAGCAGCUAAAUGAUACUCAAAAGGGAUUCGUUGAUGCAGUGCUGAGUGUGAUAGACAAUAACAACGAUGAGCAAACAUGUUUCUACAUCGACGGGCCAGGGGGAUCCGGUAAAACGUUUACCUACUCUACCCUUUCAAAUCUUAUUAGAGGUAGAAAAAAGCACGUCAGCGCAAUGGCGUUCACCGGAAUUGCAGCGAUAUUACUGCCAGAAGGAAAAACAGUACACAAAACGUUCGGACUUCAAGUACCUUUGUACGCAGAUUCAACAUCGAGCAUCAAAGUUCAAUCUAAACAGGGUGAGUAUCUAAAAAACGUUGAUCGUUUUAUCUGGGAUGAAGCACCUAUGGCACCACGCCAUGCAUUGGAAGCAGCAGACCGAACAUUGUGGGACAUUAUGAAUAAUGACAAACCGUUUGGCGGAAAAGUCAUUGUUCUUGGAGGAGAUUUUCGGCAACUCCUUCCUGUUAAAGUGCGAGGUACUCGCAGCGAAAUAAUAAAUCUGUCAAUCAAGUAUAGUUCAUUGUGGUCGCAUUUCUCUAAAUAUGCGUUAUUAACUCAGAACAUGAGAGUAUUACCAAACGAAGUAGAAUUUGCAAAAUUUUUACUUGACGUUGGUGAUGGCAUUCUGAAUUAUGCGAAUGAUAAUCUUGAAAUUCCAGAACGUUGCGUGGCGCCUGCGAGCCAAGAUAUCGUAGAAGACACUUACGGACAAUUGGUCAGAGCGAAACGUUUUCAAGAUGUAGCAAAACGUGCAAUUCUGUCCGCUCGAAAUGUCGACGUCGACGAAAUAAAUUCGAAAGUUAUGAAUUUAUUCGAUCAAAAUACAGAACGGCUCUACACGAGUGUCGAUAGUACCGAAAAUUGUGGCGACAACGAUCAGAUCAAUGAAAUUAUUUUACCUGAGUAUCUAAAUACAUUAUCACCACCGAGUUUGCCACCUCAUGAACUUCGCUUCAGAAAAAACGGUAUUAUUAUGCUUAUAAGAAAUUUAAGUAUUAACGAAGGAUUAUGCAACGGUACAAGAUUGAUGAUCUUAGAGCUGGGUAAUACAGUAUUGCGUUGUGAGAUUUUAUCAGGUGAUAAAAGUGGAGAGAUCGUUUUUUUACAUCGCAUCACUCUUUAUUGUGAAAAUGAUUAUCCCUUUAUUUUCAAGCGUCGACAAUUUCCUGUGAAGGUAGCUUUUGCUAUGACCAUCAACAAGUCACAAGGACAAACUUUCGAUAAAAUUAGCGUGGAUCUUCGAAGAGAUGUGUUCAAUCACGGUAUGUGGCUUUUUCACGUGUGCGUUCUUGGGAAGCUCUCAAAAUUUAUAUCGGAGUACAACGGGACAGGAAUAUCGUUAAAAAUUAUGUGUACAAAGAAUUAUAUCGCUAAAAAAUCACUCAAAUUUUGCCCAUAA